UUGCAGUCACUAAUUUUCCUAAUCUCCUAAUCUUAUCACAAUCACUUCUUCUCCUAAUUUUCCUCCACAAAUCUUAUCUUAUCAAUCAUCAUCCUCGAGUUCAAAAAAAAAUCAUCAUCCUCAACACCAUAUCAUCUGCAUCCUCAACAUACAGACCAUAAUCCCCAACUUCUUCUUCCUUUUUCUAUAUCCCAUCUCUCAACCCUAACCUCCUCCUCAUUCUCUCACCCACUGCAACCCCCAACUCUGCAAAUCAACCCCACCACUCCCACGACUAUCACCCCACUCCCCUCCCCCAAACCCAGAAAAUUUACCCAUAAAAUAGACUUUUCCAAAACAACAAUUUCAAUUUCAAUCUUCUCAUCUCAUCUUUCUCAAAUGGCCAACCCUGAUGAAGUCUGUGCCCUCUACCGCAUCAAACUGCACCUUUUCGGCGAACUCUCUCCCAUCCUGAUCCGCACCACCACCCAAGAAGACAACGACUUCACCUUUCAAUUCGAUCUACCAAACCCUAAUUCAUCUCAAUAUUUUACUUCAGAUCCAACCGAUUCAAUCUUCGAAUUUGACACCAAACCCCAAAUAUUUGACAUACAAAUCGAAUCUCCUAAACCUAUACCCGUCCAGAAGAAGCAACCUACACUGAGUCAACGAAAAUCACUCGAGAUCUCUCUUCCCAAGAAAACAACCGAGUGGAUCCAGUUCGGGGAAAUAGCAGAGAAGAGGAGAAGGAGAAAGAGAAGAGGAGAAGGGUUUGGAACAAUGGAAUCGAAACCCAGAAUCCAGGAUCUUACUCCAGGUUGA